AAAUUCCUUCUCUCACUGUUCUUUUUUCCCAGUUCCUUCUUCACUUAACCCUGCUCCUAUUUUAUUUCCCAUUUUAAAAAAGUCAUUUUUGUUCUUCAACUAAUCUAUGAAGAAAGCCACGCAGGUUUACCUGGCGUGGGUCUGUUUGAAACAUAUCGGAGUUGAAUUUGUUUGUGGAAUUUAAUGUUUGGAGGUAAAACCCAUCGCUUUGCGGCUAUUUUGGGGGCUGAGUUUUCUUGGAGAGUGAGGUCAUCCAUCUCAGAGGUGACACCCCCAGUUUCCUCUAUUUUAAAUUGAUUAUUUCUUAAAAUAUCUUCUCGAAUCAGGAAGUGGGUCAUUGGAAGAUAUACAUUUUCCACCAUCCAUUUGAUCACAUUGUUCGUCCUCUGUAAUUAAUAAAGGGAGCGUUUUUAGGUGGGGUUCGUACAGUGGCAUUGUUUGGGAGUGAACUAACUGUCGAUGGAUCAAAACAGAAGCGAAGAAAGAGGUGGGAUACUGGGUCCGGUUCGUGAAGUGGUAGAUGGGAAUUUGAGUCAUUUGGUUGAAGGGGUAGUUAUUGAUGCAGUAGAUGGGAACGACUUGGGUGGCAGAGUUGGUAUAAGGGGAGAAGCUGGAACUUCAAGAGAGGUGGGUAAGGAUUUGGGAUCUGAAAAGGAGCUAAAGGAGGAGCUUGAGGAAGUUAAGGGUCAGGACAAGCAUGGUGAAGAAAAUAUCAGUGAUUAUAAAUUGCUUGGGGUUGAUCAGGGAACUAGUUAUAAUCCAAACCAUUUGGUUAAUCAGGAAGUGAUUGAAACUGUGGUUGUAAUCGAGUCUUUUGAGACUGACUAUGUCAACGAGAAUAAUAGGAAGUUGGAAGCAGAAGUUAAUGAAUCGGAGUUGAACUUUACAUCCAUGAAAGUACCAGAAGGGGCGUCUGAAACUGAUAAAAAUUCAUGUGUGAUUGAUAUAAAAUGCAGCAGCCGCAAAAAGGUUUCUGAGAAUUCUGAAGGUGAACAGAUUUGUAGGAUUUGCCAUCUGGCUUCUGUGCAGCCAUCGGAUGAAAAUGAAGCAACCGUUGGCCCUGCUGCUAGUAGUGCUACGUGUUCAGAUUUGAUUCAGCUUGGUUGUGCAUGUAAAGAUGAGCUAGGCAUUGCACAUGUUCAUUGUGCUGAGGCGUGGUUCAAGCUUAAGGGGAACAGGUUAUGUGAAAUAUGUAGUGAGACUGCAACAAAUGUUUCGGGUGUUAGUAAUUAUGAAUUUAUGGAAAAAUGGAAUGAAAGAAGGUUCAUGGAAGACGGUGGUAGCUCAUCCCGCAGGUUUGGUGGAUGCUGGCGAGGACAACCAUUUUGUAACUUCUUGAUGGCAUGCCUGGUAAUAGCAUUUGUUCUGCCAUGGUUUUUUCGUGUAAAUGUGUUCUAGCUGGUGCCUUCAAUUGUUCAUUCUCACUAAAUAUAGCGAGUGGAUUUCUGGCAUAGAUGCUAUGAUGCAUCAUCACAUUUUAAUGGGAUGGAUGUUAAUGCUUAACCACAUGUACUAGCUGACAUAGGGUUUGUGCCAUGAAGAUGAGAAACUUCCAUGUGAAGACAUUACCAGCUCAAGUUGCAUUUUUUUUUGGAGAGGGUGUUGUUCUGAGGUAUAUAUAUUACACACACAAACACAGUAUUUUAUAUUUGUAAAGAUUUUGCUGCAAAACAACACUUAAGUUAAAGUUCUUUCCCCCUUUUCACUUGUUUCAUUUCUUUCUUUUUUUUUUUGGAUUUAGUUGGCUGUGUCAUCAUCUGGUGUAGUUUCAAGUAAUAAUCAAGUUUUGGAUGAUGAAAUAUGUAUGUGCUUAUAAAUUAUCUUGAUU